AUGGCAGCCACUUUGCAGGGCCACCAGGUGCACCCGGAAGGGCGGACAUGGAAAACCCAUUUUCCCCAGGGAGACCUCUGGGUCUUUGGUUAUGGCGAGUCCCCGGCUACAUCAGUGGCUACGUACGGCGGUUCUGGCAGGUAUGAAACCCUCCUGCGUUUUAUUUUUAUUUUUCUUGUGUUUCUGUCCUCCACGUGCGAUGACCUGGCCUCCGGUCCCAGCGCGGCGGAGCCAGCGGCUCGAGUUCUAGAGCGAUCCAAAGCUGACAGCAGGCGUCGUGGCGCUUCGCGAUUACAGGCUAGUUGUUCGAUCGUCAUUAGUACUGACCAUCGUGGCACACCCGCUCAGCCGGGCCGCGUGGUGACCGUGAUUGAGCGAGAGUUCUGGGAAACAUUGGAUGAUCCGUUGGCUACCUGGUGCUCUGCUCUGGGGCCUGAAUGGCUGCGGAUGGGGCGCAGGCUAGCACACCUGGAAUCCGAGUCCGCCUCCACGGGCAAAGUCUGGGGUGCGGCGUAUCACAUCCCGGCCUCGCACGCCGAAGAGGUGCACGACUACCUGGACGAGCGCGAGAUUGACGGCUAUAGUGCGCACUACACGCCAUUCCACCCGACGGCCGGGACCACAGCGUCGCCGGCGACCACGUCCCCCGCCCCGAUCAUCUGCAUGGUCUACAUCGGGCAGCCGACGAACCCGCAAUUCUUGCGCGACCCGGUGCAGCGUGCGCCACAGGACGUGGCGCAGGUUAUCAGCGCUGGGCAUGGACAGAGCGGCAAGAACACGGAGUAUUUGUUCCUGCUCGAGAAGGCGCUGGAGAGCAUUGGGCUCGGGUCGGCCGAUGUGCAUGUUACGGACCUGGUUCGCCGGGUGAGGGCGAUCGAGGCGGAUGGCUUGGCGGAGGCCGAAGAGAAAGAGGCUGAACGGGACGUGCAGAAGUACUUGGCUACCGCUGCGACGGAGUCAAUGCAUGGUGAUAAGAUUGAGUGA